CACCACCCUCUGUACCUACUAUAAAUAGCAGAGUACUCAGCUUAUGCUUUAUGCAUAAAGCCUGCAUUUAACAGGAAGCAUCUUUAACAAUUUUGUUACCUGCUGCUGACAAUUUUCUCGUUCACAUUAAAAGUAAGAACAUGUCAUACCUGGCAGACAUCCUUAUAAUUGGUGGACAAGGAGGAAAUCCUUUUAAUUUUAAUGGUACUGGAAAUGGAGCUACAUUGAGAAAGAUCUGGGUGUGGGCCGGUGGCUGGCAGAUAAAAGCCGUCAAGGUUUGGCUUACUGAUGGCCAGUCCAGGGAGGUUGGUCAACCUGGAGGGAAGUUUUCAGAAUUUACAUUUGAGGAUGGAGAGCAUUUCACCUCCCUUUCACUUUGGGGAAAUGGAGCUGGAACACGUCUGGGUGCCAUCAAAUUCAAGACAAAUCGCUCCCGGGAGUUCUUUGCACACAUGACAGACUGGGGGCUGAAAACAGAAUAUCCAGUUGAUGUGGGUUCUGGGAUCUGCAUGGGAAUCACAGGACGUGCAGCUGAUGAUGUUGAUUGCUUAGGCUUCAUUUUCAUCAACACUGUCAAGUCUACUGUGCUAACAAAUGUUCAGUAUCCCACACUUCAUGAUGUGAUACCCAAUGUGGCUGUUGAGGAAAUCAAAUCCAUGACAUACCAUAAUAAUUCUACUGAAACUCAAGAAUAUCGAAUUGAAACCUCCAAAAAAAUCACCAAAAAGUCAUCCUGGUCUGUUUCCAACAACCUUGAGUUCACAUUUAGCAUGGAGGUGAAGGCAGGAAUUCCUGAGGUUGUGGAAGUAUCAACUGGUUUUGGCUUCAAAGUGGGAAGUGAGAGCUCAUAUGGUUUGGAGAACACUGAGGAGAAAAUGGAGCUGUUGUCAUUUCCUGUCAAAGUCCCUCCAGGGAAGACCGUGGAUGUGGACAUUACAAUUGGCCGGGCUAUAGUUGAUCUCCCCUACACUGGCAUAGUCAAGAUUACCUGCUAUAAUAACAGUGUGCUGGAGUUUAAAACCAGUGGAACCUACAAAGGCCUCACUUACACUGGUGGAAAAGUGGUUGUGAAUGAAUCGGUAAAAAAGCUCGCUGAGGGUCCAGAGGGUGUGAAUUGAUUUGCAAAACUUAUUUCAAAAGUGAAAUACAUAAUGAAUCACAUUAAAUAAUUGCUAAACAGUUUAAUAAUUGUUUUUUCUUUUAUGAUAUUCAUGUUCAUUUUAGCUUGUUUUAAAUAACUUGAUUAUUAGCUUUUCCUAAUGUUUUUGUUGGUGCUUUUUUUUUUUUUUUUUUUUAAAUCUGUAAAUCAAUCAAUAAAAUGACUCGAUUAACCCUGCUAGUGUUCAAGUAGUGCAGACCUACAUUUUAUGAUUGGUAAAACAUUCUUUGAAAAGGAUUCUGAAAAAUAAAUUGAACAAAUCUCAUGUUUGUAGGUAGAAUUUUUUUUUUUUUUUAAGAUUUAGUUUAACUAUAGCUUGGUUUAGACAAUUUUUGAUUAUUUGAUUAUUAAUUUUCAUGUUAAUUUACUGCUAUGAAUAUGAUUCUUCUGCUUUUUCCUCUGUAAUGAUUUCAAACAAUA